UCCAACAGAAUUGACCAUUAAACAACACCGAACAGAAUUUUCCUAACAUUAUCAUUGAACUGAAUAAUAUACAGCCAAACUGUUCAGCUUUGUAAUUACUUAUAAGAAAGCCGAGCACUCACUUCAAUCAGUUAUUUACAAUCAAACUGUUGCUCAUAUCAUCCUCAGUUUUGUGCUUUUAGUUUUGUGUCUUUUUGGUUUUGAAUUUGUAUUUUGCACGAUGACCGACGGUGGCAUGUGUUAAUAUUAGUACAGUAAAGGCGAGAUACUAUUUCGUUUUUUAGAAAUUUACACCAAAGUGGAAAUUAGAAUUGAAUAUUAUUAAAUGAACAAGUGGAAAUCGAACGCUCAUUUUCAUACGUAUACGCUACUGAAAAGUAAGAAAGAAACGCACACGACCAUCAUAUCAAGUUAAAUAGAAAGACAUUUUUACUGUUAUUGUUGCUGCUCGUUAUCAGGAAAGGCAAUAAUACGAAUUAUGCUGAUAAGUACUUGAUAAGGAACCGUUGUAACGAGACAGAAAUUAAUGACCGUGUUUGAAUUAUACUCAAAUUAAAUAAAAUUCAGCUGUGCGGUAUGCCGGUCGAUUCGGAAAAUAAUUACUACUAAAAGUAAAGAUUUUCUCAAAGUUUUUCUUGUUUUAUCGUUUUAAGUCGAAGCCAAUUUUUCGUAUAAAUCGUUCUCACAAAACUCGUUUUCUUUUUCUCAUCAUAAUAAACAUUCAAGUGCAAAACAUUGAAUCUGUGUAUCGCUUUUUUGGCUAUUUUCGGAAUCACAACAUAAGUUCAACUAAAGCACAUUCAACCAAAGAGGAAAACAUGAUAAAGAAAAUCGACACAACGAGAAAAAAUUACUUCAUGAUCGAACUGAAAGUGAAUUUCAGUUGAAACAAAUGUACAAAGACGAGGAUUAUAAACUGUGUGUGGUGUGUUAAUUGAACGUUUCUGUGAUAUUAUUUUGUUCAACAUUGACAAAUCAUCGAAGUACUUAAUUUUUCGAAAACAUUAAAUAUCAGUUAUUGGUGCAUAACCGAAUACAUUAACUGCUGUGCGCUGUGACUAGAUUUUUUUAAAUAUAAAUUUUCUACAAAAAAAAUGGCUGGCGACGAAUCACGGUUUCUCGUUAGCACGUUGUCAACACCAACAGUGAUCAAAACGGACACAAAUGGAGCCACUAGUCCGAUUGUCGAAAUGCAACCGGAUAAAGCGGCACGAGGGAAAGCGUUGCGACAAGUCAUUGCAGCCUUUAUAGCUAACUUAGGUACAAUAAAUACGGGUCUGGUGUUUGGAUUUAGUGCCGUUGUUAUUCCACAAUUGAAAGCCAAAGACUCACUUAUUCCGAUAGACGAUACACAAGAGUCCUGGGUUGCAUCGCUUUCCUCGGCUGGCACUCCGUUCGGGUGCUUACUUAGCGGCUAUGUGAUGGAUCGAUUAGGAAGGAAGAAGACUCUUAUCAUGAUUGAAAUACCGCUGAUAAUUGGCUGGCUACUGAUAGCAUUUGCGUCCGAUAUUACAAUGAUCUACAUUGGCCGAGUCCUGGUCGGUUUUGGUAGUGGUUUAGUCGGUGCACCAUGUCGUGUCUACACAUCCGAAGUUACGCAACCACAUCUGCGUGGCAUGUUGGGAGCGUUUGCAUCGGUCGGAAUCAGUCUGGGUGUCUUGUUUCAGUACACAGUCGGGUCAUUUGUCACAUGGCAAGUAUUAUCGGGCGUGUCGACCAUCAUUCCGUUGCUAGCGUUGAUUUGCAUGUUAUUCAUGCCGGAGUCACCCAACUAUUUGGUUUCGAAAUCGAAGCCGGAGCAAGCGGUUAAGUGUUUGGCCAAAUUGCGUGGAUCGACGGUCAAUGUUCAGAGGGAGGUGGAUCAAAUGCAACUUUCCGUUAACAAAGCCAAAGCAAAUUCAAAAAAAUCGUCGGCUAGAGACACAUUAUCGGCUCUAUUGAGCCCGGCCACGUUGAAACCGUUUGCCAUCCUUACUAUAUACUUUGGGAUGUAUCAGUUCAGCGGCGUGAAUACAAUAACAUUUUACGCUGUUGAGAUCUUUCAAGAGACCGGCACUACGAUGAACAAAACCACCUGCACGAUAAUGCUGGGCGUUGUGCGCUUAAUAUUUACAAUAAUCGCUUGCAUAGCUAUGAGGAAAUAUGGACGCCGGACGCUCACAUUUAUUUCCGGUAUUGGAUGUGGUGUGACAAUGAUUGGACUGGGUGUAUAUCUCUACUUCCUUCAUCAGUGGAAGACGGCUGAUCCGCCAAUUGAACCGAGUGUAACGUGGUUUCCAGUCGCUUGCAUUUUCAUUUUCACCAUAACUUGUACACUGGGAUUUUUGGUAGUUCCGUGGGUAAUGAUCGGCGAAUUAUAUCCCCUAAAAGUACGAGGCACUGUUGGCGGAAUGACAACAUGCAUGGCCCAUAUUUUCGUAUUCAUUGUCGUUAAAACGUAUCCUUUUCUGGCACAUGCUCUCUAUCAACACGGGGUUUUUAUGAUGUACGGAUGCAUAUCGUUUUUGGGAACCGUUUUCUUCUAUCUGUAUCUUCCUGAAACCAAAGGAAAAACGCUACAAGAAAUCGAAGACUACUUUUCUGGUCGCACAUCAACUCUCAAAACAAAAAAACAGCAAAACUUCGACACCAAUUUGACGAAGAACAAAGAUCAAGGUCUUAUCGUGGAAAAAGACAAACUGUUGUCGUAGCCCCACUAUGUUUCAUCUGCAUUCACAAAUUUCGGAAUGAAGUUAAUUAGCAUAAAAGUGAUAUUUUACGUGUAUUAUAAGUGUUACUGCUAAGGUUUAAAAAAUCAACAAAAAGUUCAAAGUACGAAGCUGGUCCUGCGUGAAUGGAAUAUUCUAAGUUUGAAAAAUAAACUUAACAAAAACAAAACUUGUUAUCCAAUGAGGUGAAUAUAAUGAAUGUUGUUGUUGCAAAUUU